GAAGAGACGUGACAGAGAAUCUGAUUCAAACCGUUAUCCCGGGCUGGAGGAGGGGGCAGCAGAGAAAUUAAACCGUUAGCAACAGAAAAGGGCAAAAAAAAAUAAGGAUUCUGUCUCCGAGGGUUUUGGUUGUAGCCUGUUCCCCAUCAUUGCGGGAGGAGUGAGUAACAUCACCAGGAUUUUCAUCUCAAUAUGAGCCAGGGAGCAAUUUAAUCGCAGCCCAGUCCCUUGCCGGCGGCUCCUGCAACAGCCCGAGGCAAAUUCCGAUUUUUUCUUUGCUGUGUGUGUUAUUUAGAGACUGAUUAUUGGGCUAUCCUCUCCCUCUCCCUCUCCCUGUCUCUCUUCUUCUGCUUUUUAUAACAAAACCACAGCCUGAGAGAGGAAUUUAUCCCGGAAUUCUACCGCCUGGUGCCCGGGAAGGAGCUGAGGAAGAGCCGUGUGUAUGUUCCCGAGGAAAUACGUGAGGUCCCUAAACUCAGCUUCCAGCAGGAUCACAGACUUGGUACAGUGCAGAAGAAAGCCAUUCAGCCCAAUAUUGCUGUACUGUACGGCAGGCGUGUUUAACGUUUUGACGGUAGAACAAUGUCACGGCUCUCUCUGACCCGCUCCCCUGUGUCUCCUGUGGCAUCUCAAGGCAUCCCAUUGCCAGCACAGCUCACCAAGUCCAAUGCUCCUGUUCACAUCGAUGUUGGAGGGCACAUGUACACCAGCAGCUUAGCAACUUUAACCAAAUAUACCGACUCUAGGAUAGGGCGCCUUUUCAAUGGCACGGAGCCCAUUGUCCUGGACAGUUUGAAGCAGCACUACUUCAUUGACCGAGAUGGAGAAAUUUUCCGAUACAUCCUCAGUUUCCUCAGGACAUCGAAACUCCUGCUCCCAGAGGAUUUCAAGGAUUUCAGCCUGUUAUAUGAAGAGGCAAAGUUUUAUCAGUUACAGCCCAUGGUGAGGGAGCUGGAGAGGUGGAAACAAGAGAAAGAACUUCGCAAAUCCUCACAGCCCUGUGAAUGCCUAGUGCUGAGGGUGACCCCUGACCUUGGGGAGCGGAUCAGCUUGAGUGGAGAGAAAUCCUUGAUUGAGGAUAUUUUCCCGGAGACCGGGGAUGUGAUGUGUAACUCCGUCAAUGCUGGCUGGAACCAGGACCCCACACAUGUCAUCCGCUUUCCCAUCAAUGGUUACUGCCGCCUCAACUCAGUCCAGGUUCUGGAACGAUUGUUACACAAGGGAUUUCGGGUGGUUGCAUCCUGCGGUGGUGGUGUGGAUUCCUCACAAUUCAGUGAAUAUGUCUUAUACCGACAAGAAAAACAGCUACAGCUCACCCCGACACCAAUCCGAAUAAAACAAGAGCCCCUUGAUUAACAGGAGGGUAAUCUCAUCACCCCUCCCUUUCGAAGCUUUUACUCUUUGUUUUUCUUUCUCCCCCCACUCCCUUUCCCUGACCCCCUCAUCUCCUGAUCUGAAUUUAGUUGAUGGACCCCAGGAAGAGUGUGAUAGUGACAUGUCCCUUGACCAGGAUAUUUCUCCAAUGAUUGGAUUAGCUGCAUUCCCAUUGGAAUUGGGUACACAAUCCUCACUCCGCCAAAGAGACUCUUCCACAUGGUUUCGAGGCUGAUGACGGUUGACUGGGGGAGAGAGAAGCAGCUGCCAACUGGGCCAUUGGUGAUUUUGGGCACAUUAGUAGAAAUACUAUCCUUCAUGUGGGGGAAGACGAGGAGAGAGAGAGAGAGAGAGGGAGGGAGGGAGGCGUUGGUGCUGUGGUAAUCCAAAGCCAGCACCAACUCAAUUUCAUCUCCAUCGGGUUCUUUUGUCUUGUCCUGUCCUUCAGCUCAGGGUUUGGAGGGUGCCCCUGACAAACAGGGAGCCCAGACCCUCUUCCCCGUUCCCCCCCUCCCCCCACCCCCGAGACACAGUCAGUGCUGGGACACUCACUCCUAUGAAUUAGGAAUUUCUCUGCUAUUAGGUGACCCUUCAAUGAUGCCUUCCUGUGGGGGAGCUCAUGGAGCAGCUGACAGCAGUGACAGUGAGUGAGUUGACUGGGACAGUGCAGAAAAUCAUGCACUUCACUUCAGCACAUCGUUCGCACACCCCACCCCCAUUUAAAGGAAGCUGUCUUUUCCUAUCAGUGCCCCCGUCCCGUGAAAAAUCUCUUCUGCCCCCAGCCCCAGUCCAGGAGCAGGAAGCUCACAUUGAAGUGCAGCGUUCUCACAUUGGAAGCAGACACAGUUGAUUUUUUUUAAUUAUAAAUAAACUAAGAUGUUUACCUGCAA